UGUUUGUAUCGUUACAAGAUGCUGUUGCUCAAGCGCAAUAUGAGCAACAACAGGAUAUUCGAUUUGGCAGUAGUGUCGAGCCUAUUCCAAGCAAAAUUAUGUUACCGUCAAUUAAUUCGAAUACUACACAACAAAGCUCACAGUAA